CAGGUAGAUAGAGAGUCCAGAGUCUGCCUGAGGAAGGAGAGGCGACGACAUCCAUUUCUAGUGGACCGGAGUGAAACAUUACAGGGACCAGAGCAGGAGAAACAGCCAGAGGGGAGUUCAAACACCAUUUCAACACUUUCGUAAGAGACUUCAGAACCAGAGAAGCGACCUGCUGACUUCCUGUCGCCUUCCUGAGCGCCACCAGGAUGGCGUCCCCCGAGGAACGCCGAGGACCGGAGAGAGACGGCUCGUGCUUCAGCAGGGCGGCCAGAGCCAUCCGGAGAGCCCUGAUCUGCAGAUGUAGUUACGCCAAACCUGCCCCCACCCUUACACCCUCCUCUACCCCUUCCCUCUCCACUGCCCCCUCCGAGGCAGAUUCAGAGGAGUCUAAUUCCUUUAUAACCGGUGCAUCUGCCUUUCUCCCUGGCCGUUCUUAUACUCAAAAGGACGAUACAUAUUAUUCUCCCACAAAACAGUUUUCGCGUCAAACAAAUCGUAAAAGUUCCGGCACAGAGAAAAGAACAAAAACAGAUUCCACUCCGCCUUCUUCUGUCAUCUCAUACAAGCCAUCACCUCCAUCGAUCACGACAUACUUCCCAGGAGCCGGUCAGAAGAGGGCGGAGCCUGUUUCACACCUUCCGAACAGAUCAGAACAUGACGUGGACCCUGACUGCUCUCAGUCCCUCAUCCCGAUGGUCGAAGGCCCCCCACCUGCACGAUGCCGCUCCGCGCUCGCCAGGGACUCGCCCGCUGCCGAUGCGUUUGAGUCUUCCCCCACAGAGCACGAGAGGGAGCCGGGAGGAGACGCCGACGUUCUGACGGAAACGGCCGCUUCCUUUGCAGCCGCGAGCCACUUGGUCACCGGCGCUUCACCGGCGGCGGGUCAGCAGGAGUUCACGCCCGACAUCACGGCCGAUGAGGGCGACGAGACCUUCAGGUUGCGGUGCUCCGGUCCGGGUCUGUACCUGUGCAGCAUGACCGGCCUGGUGUUCCACAUGGGGGGCGAUGGGGGGGAAGUGGUUUACAGGAUCGUCCCCUGGGACUGGAGGCUGCUGGACCGCCAUCACAAGAAGCCCGCGGGACCCUUGUUCAACAUCGAAUGCGAGCAGCGGUCCGUGCUCGGCCUUCACCUCCCUCACUGCGAGAUCCAGAGUGGCGGGGGGGGCGACUUCCUGUCAGUGGCUCAUGUGGAAGACGAGGGCGUGGAGUUCCUCCGCCCGAGGGAGGUGACGGAGACUCACGUCGUGGUGGACGUCUCGGGGCUUUCUGCUCUUGGCAACGUCAGGGACGGGGAUUCCCCCCCCCAGCCGGUCCGAGCGCUGGUUCUGCUCUUCUACCGGCCCCCAAACGACCCAGACGACCCGGAGUCCCUCCUCAACGUGUUGAUGCUGCCGAGUAACGCGGUGGUGGAUAAGGUGCUGAGCGCCCGGGGGAAGCUGGUCGAGCCUGAGUCCUACAUAGAGACGACCUCGCAAUGCAAACUGCACCCGGACCGGGAGUACGUCCUCUCCACGAGUCCCAGGGACGACCGGGUCAUAGUUCAGCCCACCAAGGCCGAGUUUCACUGCAACUACUACGACAACUACAUCCCGUCCUUCCAGGUGACCCUUGAGACGAGGCUGAAAGAGAUUAAGCUGUUUCUGAAUGAAGGCGACGGCUCCCUCAGCGUUUGGGAAAGACGAGUCGUCCUCUCGGACGCGGUUGUGGCGUCCCGCAGGCCGAGCGCUCUGGACCUCGUCCACAGCGAGAGGCUGCUGAAGGUACGAAGCAACCUCGUCAAGAGGAUCUCUGAGCCUGUGCUCAAGAGUCUGCUGGACCGACUGUUGGAGAAGACGGUGAUCACUGACGGCGAGUGGGAGGCAGCGGGGGCGAUGCCGAACAACAGCGACAGAGCUCGCUUCGUCAUCGAUGCCGUGAGGAGGAAGGGCGAUGACGCCAGUUUGGAGAUGAUCGAGUUCCUCAAGGAGGUCGACCCGUUCCUCUGCGAACACCUGGGGUUGAUGUGAAGCCGUUCCUCUGCCGGCCUGUUUACUGUUGAUGCUUCUCACAAUCUCACAUUUAGUAGUUGAGAUAAUGGGGUCUUUUGUAAUUUUCCCUAUUUUGUUGCUUAUCGAUUUGUACAACCUUUUACCCAGAAUUCCAUCACGGGGAAAUAUUUUUGACUGAUUAUUUGUUGUAAAAACAGAAAACAGGUUAAAUUUGUACUGUAUGGCACAGGACAUUUUCUUUGUAGAAAUAAACAAUAAUUUGAAACCCAA